AUGAUGGAAUGCCUCUGUCCAGCGCCGCGCACACUGGCUUGUCGCGUGGUUCUGCUUGAUGACAGAGAACUGCUUCAUGAGAUGCAGGAUAAUAGCACGGGUCAGGCGCUGCUCGACGUGGUAUUCAGGCACUUAGAUCUGCUAGAAACUGCUUACUUUGGCCUGCGCUACGUAGAUCAAGAUAAUCAGACGCACUGGCUCGAUGCUGGCAAAAGAUUGCGGCGCCAACUCCGCGGUUCCGAUACGCACACAUUCUACUUUGGAGUUAAGUUUUAUGCUUCAGACCCGUGCAAAUUAUUGGAAGAGAUAACCAGGUACCAGUUCUUUCUCCAACUAAAACAAGAUGUGUUGCGGGGUCGGCUCCCGGUCAACUUCGAUCUUUCUGCAGAGCUCGCUGCAUACGUGCUACAAUCUGAACUUGGAGAUUACGAUCAUCGAAGACACAUGCCGGACUACGUGUCUGAGUUCAGACUUCUUGCUCACCAGACUCCCGAGCUAGAAGCAAGAGCCGCAGACAUACACAGAACACUAACAGGCAUAUCGCCAGCUCAAGCGGAACUUAGUUAUUUAGACAAAGUGAAAUGGCUCGAUAUGUACGGUGUCGAUUUGCAUCCUGUUUUGGGUGAAGACAGCGUAGAGUAUUUCUUGGGACUAGCGCCAAGUGGCCUGUUGCUUUUACGUGGAAAACAUACUGUCGCUACAUAUUAUUGGCCUCGUGUCUCGAAGCUAUAUUACAAGGGACGAUAUUUUAUGAUUCGCGUUGCUGAUAAAAAUAACGACACAUCUACUUACGGUUUUGAGUCUCCGACCAGAUCCGCUUGUCGACAUUUAUGGCGCUGCUGUUCCGAUCACCACACUUUUUUUAGAUUACAACAGACGUCACCUGCAUCUGCGGACAUUUUUGCUUUAGGUUCGAGAUUGAGGAAUAGUGGUCGGGGUUCGAGGCUGCGCCCUCCGCCCACGUUCACUCGAACGCCCUCGCGUCGUAUCGCCCGUCCACAAAAUUCAUAUUCCUCAUUUCAUGAUGUGCCAAAGUUAGAAGACUUGAGAAUAAAAGACUGCCCUGAAAUGAAACAACCUACCUCAGUACACCGGCCUAAUUCAAUCAGUGGUGAAGCUACUCCCAUCACGGCACCCAGCGGGCCAGGAGGGUCACCGCGGUCAACGCGGUCCGCCCCCACGCGGCGUGGACUCUACUCUGCCUCGCCAACGACAAACAGACCGCCGCCCGCACCUCGUCAUCGUUCAGCGUCUGUCGACUCGCAGAGCUCUAACGAUUCACGAUCGAAUCGAAAACACAGGCAUCGCUCUCGAAGACAACAGUCGGAUGCAGAGAGCGAAUUGUCUCGAGGUUCAGGUCGCUCCGGGCGGCGACACCGACGACACCGCUCUAGACAUAAGCACGAGUCGGGUUCCGAGAGAGACGACUCACAGCCCGAUAACAAUAAAGAGUAUGAGCUGGUCGAUUCCGAAUCCCAAUGGAAAGAAGUACUAAGGCAAACAACCGCUGGCGGUAGCGUCCAAGUAGCUAGCGUGCGUCGUUCCCAAAUGGAACCUGAGACGGGCACACAUCGAUCGUCUCACAGAACGCGCAGACAUAAGAAACACAGAUCACGGUCUCGUUCGCCGAACGAAAAAAAGUGGCUGCCGAGUGAACUAAAGCAACACCUCGAAUUCUCUUUAGUGGAUACUACAGGAAUGACUGAGGAACAGCUUAAAGAAAUACCGUAUACUGUGGUACAAACCAGCCAUGCACGUCACACUAAGCUACGGACUACGUCUAAACAUAAACAGACUGAACACGGAUCACUUGCGAGACGAGAGAAGAGCUCUUCGUCUCACAAAAGUGACCAUGACAACCACAAUCAAGGAUCUCUCAGAUCGAGCUCGAGCACUCUCAGUACACACAGAACAAGCAAUGAGAAACAUGGAAGGCGUAUUUACCCGAGUUUUGAUGAACCUGUGGGACGAUCAGGGGAAGAUUUUCUAACGAAUAACGGGUAUAAAGGUACUGCUACACCGGUGACAAACAAUAACAACCCGUACAGUCCAGUAACCAAUAGCAAUAGCAAUAGUUCAAGUGGUGAAUUAAUAUCAGGAAGUGCAAGAGUAUCGCAUGAACACACUGAUUCUGGAUUAGGUGCUGACCAGGAUUACGCGUAUUCUUCCGAGAGGUCGAGCGACAGCGCGAAGUGUGGCGCGGGCGGGUCUCAAGCGCCAGUGAGUAGGCAGUGGCGGGCGGGCGGCGGGGGCGGGGUCGCGGCGGGCGCGGCGGCGCUGGCUCGCCGGCCGCCGGCGGCGCCCGGCCGCGCCCGCCUUACCGCUUCGGGCUCGCAGCGCUCGCUGCUCUCGGUCGCGAGCGACAGCGCCACAGCCCGUCGCCCGCGCGACCUCGUGCCCCGCUGUUAUCCGAGUCCCGCGGACGGUGGCUUUUCACUUUUCAGACAUGCUAGCAACAACAACAUAAUGGUGGGCGAGAGCGGGUCAUUGGCGCGGCGGUAUAUGCGGCCGUCGAGAGAGUCGCGUGACUACAACGCGAACGUGGCGCGGACACAUGUGCGGCUCGCGCACCACGCGCACCACGCGCACCACGCGCACAUGCGACACGACAACACUCUCGACAUUAUCUUAAAACCUCUCAUAGAAAGCACGCAGUUGCAGAGCAACUGAAUCCGGCGAAAAGCUCCAGUAACUCUGAGUAUGCGUUUAACAAGACCGGAAAAGUGGGCAAAUCUCCUGGAGGCGCCGAGAUGAGCACCGAACUAUAGACAAAGCAUUGAAACAUUAUUAUUAUAUUUACAUUUUUGUACUGAAAGCAUUUAUUUUAUUUUGUUUACGGAUAUGCAAAAAAUAAAUAAAUAUGCAUAUUAUGUAAAAAGCAAGGCUAAAGUGUAAUUUGUAAAAAGUUGUACAUAGUGAUUGUGGUAUUCAUAAGUAUUAUAUUGUAUAAGAGCUUCAUUAUGUCACUAUGGUUAAAAGAAAUCGGCAAGAAUACAUUUUAUGCCAAAGAAAAUUGCGAUGUAAAACAGAGUUUGAUAAAAUACCCUUACUGGGUACUUCACAAAUUAUUUUGAAAUGAUUGGUAACUAUAACAAAUCAAACCCUGCAAAAUAAAAUUUAGUAGUGUCAUGGUAAAUCUUCCUUAAGAACUUCUAGAAAUAUUAUAAUAUAUUGUUUACAUCUGUGUCAUACUCAUCUCAAAUCAAAAUAAUUUCAUACUGUUUUUUUUAAUGCGUUAAAUAUGUAUGUACCUUUCAGAUAUUAAAACCUUCGUGGUUUUACAGCUUUUCUUUUUUACGUCUUAAUGUGAUGGUAUAUAAAACGGAAAUGUAUGCAUAAA